AUGUCCUUCUACCACGACGCGACUUUACCUGAUGAGAUCCUGUCUAUGAUAUGUCAGGAGCUUGGAAAGGAUGGGGACUUUGCAUCACUAUACCGAUGCGCGCUGAGCUCGAGAUCAUUCGCCGAUCCUGCGCUGCGGACCAUGUAUCAGCUGCACCAGAAUUCCCCGGUGUUUGAGCAGAGAGACGAGCUCGACGUCCGCCAACGUCCGAUGAACUAUGCCACCAAGGCUGCCGAGCAGGCUCAGUUCUACCGCAAGUGGACGUUGUUGUGGCGGUCGAUCGUGCUGUCCGGUCUUGACGAUCACAACACCUACAAGCCGUAUUGUCGCUACAUCAAGACUCUGGACGUCCGUAACCUGUCUGCCAUGUUGGAAGACCCCAAAUUCACGGGUAACGUCCGAAAGGCCUUCUUCGCCGACGGCCUCCAGACUUUCCAUUUCCCUAAGCGGGAAUAUAACAGGCAAGGUAUCGACACCGUCGCCACAGUCAACGCCAUAGGAGAAGCAGUCACGGCCAAAACAACUCUCCUUGAAGAGAUUGAUGGCCAUAUUAGUCCUGGGUUCUUGCCGAGGUGGAUUGCCCGCUCUCCAAAGCUGGAAACUAUGGUUCUGUGGAAGGGUGAUGCUCUGGCGGACGGUGCUGGGGCUACAAUCCGAGACCACUGCGAGAAUUUCCGGAACCUGACCAUUCACGAGUGGCUCUCUCCAGACGCCGACGAGGCUUUCGCAACCUUCCUAGACGAAUUGAAGCCAGACACGCUGGGAUACUUUGAGAUGAUCAGCUACAACAACCUUGGAAAGCGCUCCUUUGAAGCUCUAGGCCGUCACAAGACGCUGAAACAACUGGAUCUGGGCAACCUCACUCAAGAAGCCAUGCAAAACCUGAAUGCACUGAAAGAAUGUACCGAGAUACACACGCUCAAGCUGGGCGACAACUACGGCACGGUCCAGCUCGAGGCCCUCAACAACGACGUAUUCCUUGAAGUGGUGGAAUGGUUGAGUUCGUGCACAAAGCUUCGCGAUCUCAGUCUGAAGAAGUUCGUCGAUGGGCCCGCCAUCCUCUCCCGGAUCUCGUAUUCUCCCAACGUCAAAUUGACCAAGCUAUCUCUGGAAGGGUACACGGUGCGACAGACGAGCGCCCAGCUAUUUCACAGCGCACUGGCCGAGCAAAAGUCGCUGGAAUCGGUGUGGCUCAAGGGUAACGGGGAAGACACCACGGCGGAUGACCUUCAAAUCAUGGUGGAAGGGCUAUGCAACCUGACCAAUUUGCGAGAGCUUGUUCUUAAAGAUGUUUCGGAUGAGUUUUCCGAAGACCACAUUGUCUCGCUGGCCUUGAGCCUCCCACUCCUCGAGGAUUUCUGGACAAGCGGCGGUGAAGUCUCGGCGGAUAUAUUGCCAGCCCUUGCGAACCUGAAACAUCUGAGGAAUUUGAACCUAUACGCCAUGACCCAGUUUACCUCAGAUGCCAUCUUGGAUUUCUUGACGAGCCUCAAUCCCGAGACCCAGAGAGGCUUCAACUUGUCUCUGAUGGCUGCCGAUCCCGAGUACGACCUGAGCGAAACGGAGCUGGAUAUCAUCCGCGAAUAUAUUCGCGCGAAUCUUGAUGGCCGGUUUGAUUUUGUGUUGUGGCGCGAGGCCGACCCGAGCGAUAGCGAAGAUGAUUGA